UGCGAGCUGUACGUGCAGGAAAGCCGCCGGUGACAAUCGUGAAACAGGCACGUGAGGUCUAGUCCUUUGCACUAAACCAGCCCAGUCGGUUGCAGACACUCGCGUAAGUCUCGCGUACGGAAAGGGGAAAUGCUGGUGCUUCCUUGUCUUUGCUGAGCGAACGCAGCAGUUCCGAUUGGACAGUGCUAUCGAGUGGUGGUGGAAAGUUACGGUGAUUUCCACAGUGCACAGCUUCAGUUUUUCGGUGAACUUGUACUUUGGAUGUGAAGUAAUUUAAAUCGUGCCAUAAGAAAGAAAUAUAUUCGGUGGUGAUUCGAAAAGUCGAUUUUAAUGGUGAAACGGCACAGUUUGUUCUACAAAUCAAAGCAAUCGGCCAUUUGCCAGGACUAAGCCAUAGUACCGUCGGGAAAAGUGAUCACGCGCGGUUCAUAAGACGGUUUUCCUGAAAUUGAAGAAAACAAUCGUUUGUGUAGUUAAAGUUUGUGUACUGUGAAAAACGUUUUAAGAAGAGAAACGAAAAUAAAUAAUCCAAACCUUCUGAAGAUUUUUGUGCUAAUACUUAAUUUAAUGUGUAUGUGUUGAAAUGUGCGGUGAAAAAGUUUAAGUGGAAAAAUAAAGGGCUAAAAAAGUGUGAAAAAAUUGGUAAACAUAACGAUACCUGUGAAAGCAGAAAUCCUUUAGCGGAAAGGUUUUCUGUUGCUCUCUUUCUCUUCCGUGUUCGUGCUCCAGUUUUCCAGGUGAACAAGUCAGCGAGGUCACUAGACCUCGUUCAACAACAGGCAAGAUUUUCACGGACGGGAAUAAGCUCGGUUCCGCAACGGCGGGAAGAGGAAUGUUUUGUUACCACUGUCCACCGUCGCUGCAUCCUGCCGGACCACAUCCGCCCCGGUUACCAACGCUGGAGUAUCCGUUCGCGCCAACACAUCCUUAUACCAGCUAUUCGUACCAUCCGGCCAUCCAUGAUGAAAGUUUCGUACGGCGAAAGCAAAGGCGCAACCGGACCACUUUCACACUGCAGCAGUUAGAAGAGCUGGAAACCGCUUUUGCCCAAACUCACUACCCCGAUGUGUUCACGAGAGAGGAUCUUGCGAUGAAGAUCAAUCUAACCGAAGCAAGGGUUCAGGUCUGGUUCCAGAACCGGCGGGCCAAAUGGCGCAAAGCGGAGCGGCUGAAGGAGGAACAGCGCAAACGGGGCGGUAGCGGUGGAGCCGAUGGGACCGACUCACAGCUGAUGGGCGACAAGCUCGACACGGAUAGCCGAGACUCGAGUCCCGAUAUUACUGGCGAUGCGGAUGAUGAUGAUAUGCGUAGCUCCAGUGUGCCCCCGAUGAGUCCUCGGGUUGACUCGGAACCAGAACGGCCCGGUUCCUCAACGCAGCUCAACUCGGCCCAUUCGCUGUCCCAAUCCGCUUCCAACAGUGCCGGAACGCCGUCGCCAGGUUUGAAAUUCGCUCAAUACUCCGUGCCCAGCCCCGCUCCAUCCGCCUCGGCUGACUCGCCGAUCGAGGUCGGUGGUCCAAUCUCGCUCACGACCACCUCCCGCACACCACCGAAUGAUUCGCCUAAUCAGACGGCCAACUCAAUGGGUGGUCUGUCUUCGGUCACCACGGCACCCAGCUUCAGCAGUCACAUAUUCGGUAGCUUCGCUGAAAGCAAUGGUGGAUUCCGACCGGUACUGGAUAAUGGACAGCCGAGGACUACGCCACCGUUGUUCUUGCCACCGCAUCUUGCUUCGCUCAGCUCCCAGUUUAAUCCACCACUGUUUCCCAGCCUGAAAGCUGCCUUUCCUGGACUGUGUUCCUGUUGCCCGGUUAAAGCACCCACCACGACCGGUUCCUCCUCGUCACCCACAUGCAGCUCCUCCUCGCCACCCUCCUCCCUCGCCAGUUCCGUGAUCGGUUCAUCCUCUUCCGGUCUUUCGUCGAUCACCAACUCGGUUGUCAACAGUGGACUGCCAGAUCCUCGAUCAUCUUCCGUCGCUGAACUGCGCCGAAAGGCUCAGGAACAUUCGGCAGCACUGCUCCACUCCCUGCAGGCGGCCGCUGCUGCCGGACUUGCUUUUCCUGGGUUCCAUUUGCCACCGCUUACGCUACACUCGGCGCUCAGCAGUGCAGGACGAAAGCCGUCCGACUUCAUCAACGAUCUUUCCAUGCACCAUCACCAUCAUCAUCACCAUUUGGCGGCAGCGGCAGCAGCGUCGGCUGGAGCGCAUCAUCUGGCGGCCGGUGCCGGACAUCUGGCAGGCAUGCAUCACAUUCCGAGCAAUAAUAACAAUAAUAAUAGUGCGAGUACAGCAAACAACAAUAACACCGCAGGCAGUAACAGCGGAAGUCCAUCAGAGAAUAGGACCAUAGUGUCCCAUGCAGACUCACCCCGUUCACCACGGUCACACACAGGCCCGGGUAGCGAAAAGCCAGACUCUAACGAAUAAAAGCGAUUCCUUGCCAUGCUGGAAUAUGUUAGAGCAACACAGCAAACAAAAUAUAAAUUUCAGCAUAAUGCAUAACAUGGAUGAAGUAUUUUAAUGCAACCAGCCCCAAUAGGUGAGCUGAAUUUUAAAUAACGUUCGAACCUAAAAUCUUCAUCAUUUGUUGAUUAGUUCAAGUGUAAGCGAUUCCCGCGCUGAAGAGUUCGGAGACCGAAUAUGGAUAAAAUUAUUACUGAAAAUUUUGCAAUAAAAGUCAAAACCAUUCUUCGACAGACAAAUAAAGUACGUUAAAGAAAUAGAUUAAGCAAAACCCAUACUAACAAUAUUAAAUAAAUAAUGCUUAUUGCAAAGGAAAAGCUCCAGCAUCACGGUAGUUCAGAAAGGUUAAGAAAUUCCCAUCGAGCACAUGAAUGGCAAUAGAGCAAGGAGCAUCACCAUGUACAUGUAGAUUAUGAUAACAUAUAAAAUGCACACUUGUAAUGCUAGUGAUUAAAUAAGAAUCAAAAUGCCGAAACACACACACACAUACACACGAGCACACAAACACACAUUUGUACAAAAAGAUUCUGCGCAGUAUUCAUUAGCAAUAACCAAACACAAAAGAAGAAGUGGUAAAAACAAACCCACAGAAGAGAUUGCAACGUAUUUCGUUCCGUGCUCUCUCUCUCUCUGUCUGUCUUUCUCUCCUUACUAAAGAAGAGGAUAUUUAAAAUACUUAUUAUUCUAUAAACACAUUGUAACUAAAAGAUAAAGUUUGCAUUAAAUAGAAGGACCGCAGAUGAUAAUACAGUGAGGAAGGAAAUGUAUGAAAGGUGCCAGCAAUAUUAUGUAUUAUGAAGCUAGCAGCAAAAACUCACACGAAUUGUAGCGUAUCCAUAGAUUCAUCCCGAGCAAGAAAAGGUAAAAAAAAACUUCCCGAGCAUGUAGAACAACGCCAGCUGAUAGUUAUGCUACUUUUAAACAUGUAAAUUAGUAAACUCCAUAGAAUGAUGAGAGGGGACUGUAAAUCGAAACAAUUUAAUCUUGUUUGUUCUUUUCCCAGUUCGUCAUGAAAGUAAAGUAAACAAUAAAAGGCAAAUUAAAAUGUUCUUAAACCA